AUGAAACUAGGAUCAGAGACUUUUGAAGGAUGCGUUAAGGAUUUGAAGCUCGGAAGCGCACCCAUUGGUCUCGGUCUACAACCUGGAAUUGAUCCUGACAAUGCCCCCUCUGACGAUCUCGUCUUCUUCCCAACCGACGACGAUUUCUGCAUCUCAACCGAGUGCGCUUUCGAUUCUUGCAUCUACUCAAGCUGCAGCGGUAACGGCGCUUGCAUCUCCGAUUCCGAAGUCCACCUCUGCAUUUGCAACGAGGAAUUCGUUGGUGACUACUGUAACAUUACCGCGGCUUGCCAGGAUAUUGAUUGUGGCGAUUUCGGGUACUGCAUCGGGAUGAACAACGGAACUUGCAUUUGCGAUGAAGGUUUUGAAGGAGAAAAUUGCGAAGUAAACAUUGAUGAUUGCGAGAGUUCAUCUUGCAGUAGAUUUUCGACCUGCAUCGAUGGGGUGAAUUCGUACGAAUGUUCUUGCGAUAGUGGCUUUUUUGGUCCCCAUUGUACUAUCACGAAGAAUUCUACUUGUGCGGAUUCGCCCUGCUUAGACGAUGAACAAUGUGUUCCAGUGGAUAUAAAAUCGAUGGAAUUCAAUUUCAAAUGCGUGAAGAAAGGCCCUGAUUGCGUGGAACCAUGUCCUGAAGGACUUGUUUGCCGGCAAGAUCAAUGCGUUCCCAUCGACUACUGCGAGUUUGUCGACGAAUGCCAAAAGAACAGCUAUUGCUGGGUGAAGAAUAACACGGCUUCAUGUGUUUGCCUGCCUGGUUGGGAAGGAGAAUCGUGCGAGAUCGACUUCGACGAGUGCGCUGUUCAUUCUAGCCAUGGAGAACCUGUCUGUAGCGAAUUCGGGACUUGCAUCAACAUGCCUGGGACGUACAGAUGCGAGUGCAUGGAUGGAAUAACUGGACCGUUCUGUACGAUUGACGUUGAUGAGUGCAUUGAAAAUCCGUGCAAGAAUAGUGGACGAUGCGAGAAUGAAUUUGGCGGAUACAAGUGCUACUGCUACAGAGAAUUCUACGGGGAGAAUUGCGAGUUUGCUUGUCGCCCGGGAACUUGUCAGAAUGAUGGAGUUUGUCUUACUGAAGAUCUGGAAAAUGGAAAUCAAGGCUGGAGCUGCAAUUGUCCCGAGCAUAUUUAUGGCGAAAAGUGUGAGCAUAUUUCUCCCUGUUACUCUGUUCCUUGUGGCGCAGAAAAUGAAUGCGUGGUGAACGUCACAGAAAUUGCAAGCGGCAAAAACAAAAAUAAAUUCGAGUGCGAAUGCUCCGAAGGCCUGACCGGCAAGCUUUGCAACUUCGAAGACCGCUGUUUCACCGACGAUCCUUGCCUCAAUGGACCUUGCACUCCGGAAGAUGACAAGUUUUUCUGCGAUUGUACCGACACUGGCUUCAGUGGACAAACUUGCGGUGAAGACAUAGACGAGUGCAGUCUCGAAAUUGACCCGUGUGGCGAUCAUGGAAGCUGUUUUAACACUCCAGGAAGCUUUACCUGCGAAUGUGACGAUGGAUACUCCGGCAUUCUUUGCGAGAUCAAGGAUUUGUGUUUCGAGGUUUCGUGCUCCGAUCAAGGUCAAUGCGACCCUUCAACCGGAUUCUGCAUCUGCAAUCCUGGUUUUCUCCCGCCUGAUUGCUCAGAAAUCGAUAAUUGCUUCGAAGUCACGUGUUUGAAUAAUGGAACGUGUGCUGAGGGACUCUGCGCAUGUGACGACCGAUGGGUCGGUCAGAAUUGCGAAUUCGAGAAUCCUUGUGAGGAAGAUCUUUGUGGAAAUGGACGCUGCAAAGUAGAUGAGAUGAGUGGGCAGGCAGAGUGCGAGUGCAACUUUGGAUAUAUUGGCAAACAGUGUAUUCAGGAAGUCACCUGUGAAUUUCUCGAAUGUCCGUCAUCACAAACAUGCAUCGAUGAGUCUCCACCUAAAUGCAUCGACAAAACUCCUCAAAACCCAAAAGACAAAAAAGAUCAGCGAACCAACGAAAAACUAGGCGGAAGCGUUAUCGAAACACAAGGAACACUAGAAUCUGGCCUCACUCAUACGCCAAGUACAGUUGCUUUACCCUGGAUCAUCGUGAUUUCCGUGAUUGGCAGCAUCAUCGUUAUUGGACUGAUAACAUUUCUGGCGGUGUUGAGGUCGAAAAGAAGAGCAACAGGAACAUACAGUCCGACUCGACAUGAAAAACAACCCGAAGUCAUCAAACAAACAAUGUGGAAAUCUCUGGAAUCUCCGGAGCCCGAACGGCUUAUAUAA